UGCGGUUUAUAAACGUGCUGCCGUGACGUCACAGUCUCGCGAGAUGAGACGUGCGACGUCGGGAUAAACCUUACGAGCCGGACAUUAAUGGCGUUGCGGGACGUUUAAGCAGCGAUUCGGGACUACGGGCUGUGCUAAGGAAAGCGGGAAUUUUGUGCGAUCCUUUGAGAUUAUGGCUGCCGCUACAGUAGUGCACGAUACGUCGGAAGCUGUAGAGCUAUGUGGCUCCUGUGGGCUUUACUUAAAGCCUAUCACCAAAAUGAUCAUCAGCGUGGCCCUACCGCAGCUCAAGCAACCUGGAAAGUCCAUUUCCAACUGGGAAGUAAUGGAACGUCUGAAAGGCAUGGUGAAUAAUCAUCAGUUUUCCACCUUACGCAUUUCAAAAAGCACCAUGGACUUCAUCAGAUUUGAAGGGGAAGUGGAGAACAAAAGUCUAGUAAAGACUUUCCUAGCUGCUCUCGAUGGGAAGAGUAUAAAGCUAAGUGGAUUCUCUGAUAUAUUAAAAGUCAGAGCGGCUGAAUAUAAAUUAGACUUUCCCACCAGACACGACUGGGAUUCUUUUUUCCGUGAUGCAAAAGAUAUGAAUGAGAACCUUCCAGGCGAAAGACCGGAUACAAUUCAUUUGGAAGGCUUGCCUUGCAAAUGGUUUGCGCUUAAGGAUUCCGGCUCCGAAAAGCCAAAUGAAGAGGUCCUGAUAAAGGUCUUCAGUUUGUUUGGGGAAAUUCGGAUGGUGGAUAUACCUAUGCUGGAUCCCUAUAGAGAAGAAAUGACAGGCAGAAGUUUCCAAACUUUUAGCUUUGGUGGCCACUUGAACUUUGAAGCCCACGUGCAAUACAAGGAAUAUGUAGGCUUUGUAAAAGCCAUGAAUGCACUUCGUGGUAUGAAACUUAUGUACAAAGGCGAAGAUGGGAAAGCUGUGGCCUGCAAUAUUAAGGUUUCUUUUGACUCCACUAAACAUUUAAGUGAGGCAUCUAUCAAAAAGCGCCAGCUUGAAAGGCAGAAACUUCAGGAACUGGAACAACGCAGGGAAGACCAGAAACGGAAGGAAAAAGAAGCAGAAGAGAGACAAAAGGAGGAAGAGCGGAAACAGAAGGAGCUGGAAGAAUUAGAGAGAGAACGAAAGCGCAUUGAGAAAAUCAGAAGAAAAGAAGAGAAACAGAAAGAGCGCGAAGCGCGGAAAAACAAAAAGAAAUUGCAGAAAAUCCAGGCCGAGGAACAGAAAAGAUUGCAGGAGAAAAUCAGAUUUGAGGAGAGAAGGCUCUUAUUGGCGCAGAGGAAUUUGCAGUCCAUCAGGAUAAUUGCUGAGCUGCUGAGCCGAGUUAAGGCAACAAAGCUCCAUGAGCAGGAGGAGAUGGAAGCGGAGCGAUUACGCCUACUUCAGUUAGAAGAACGGAGAAAGGAGCAGGAGGCAGAACUUAGGCGUGUGGAAGAAGAAAAGCAACGGGCUCUGGAACUUCAGCGCAAAGAAAGAGAAUUGAGAGAAAAGCUUGUGAAGAGUUUCCUUAAUAGAAAUAUAUGUUCCGACCAUCCAAAUCAAGACGAGUGCAAUCCCUUGCUUUGUUUCCCACUUAAUCCCAGUGCAGAAAUUCAUCAGGAACCACUCAACUACGUUACAUCUACCUCCACUCAAACACCUUCAGACAAAGAGCCCCUAAACCUACACAGUCUCUACGCAAAUUCAUCUAUUAAAAAUGGGGUUUGUUAUGAAGUGUCUGCCCUGCAGGAGUAUAAGCCAGCCAAUGUUAUUCCUGGGAAAGCUCUGCACAUUAUGUCUCUGCACAGCAUCCUUGGGAACAGUGCUCCGCAUAUCCCAUCAGCUAAUGUUCAGAAUUGCAGCUUGAAAGAAUCCGAAGCCAACGCAAACGCAACUGAGCAGAAAGAAGAGCAGACAUCUGGAAUACACUGUCAGCCCGAGGACAAAGUGCGCAAGCAUAAGUCGAAACACAAACGAGACGUAAGCAGUGAUGUUGACAGACAGAAAAAGGUAAAGAAGUCCACCAAAACCCAUUUGUCCGGAGACCACAGCCCACAACGGAAAAGUAGUAGCAGCCCUAAACUUUCCAAACAUAAACGUAAGCAUGUUAAAGACAGACAUGAUCAUAAACGGAAAAGACAUCAUAGAAGAUCUUACAGUAGAGAGAGAGAAUCCUGGAGCAGCUGAAUGUGUGACCAAUCUAUGCAUGGCUCUUGGACAGAGGACCUCCGGCUGUUGCUGUAUAAUUAUUGCAUUAAAUAGCGACUCUCUUGUCUUUUAUUUCAAAGUGGUCCACAUUUUAUUUUUCAGUGUCAUUUUAAAGUCCGUGUUUUCCCAAUACUUUUCAAGGGAAGAUACUUUGGAUAACUUUUAUUGAUCUGUCCGUACAAUACAUGCUUAUUUUGUGCUUUUUAA